GGUUGUGGGGAAUUGGGGAUAAGUUCUUGUAGUUGAUAACAAGUGGUCACUCACAAGUUUCAUUCGCAGGUGUUAAUGCCCCGCACUUUGAUUGACAGCAACGACAUCUUUCAUGACGCCAGUAUGAGAUUAAGAUAGCGGAUUUGGCAGGUAAAAAGGUACCUAUACCUCUACUUUAGCUGCAGUUUGACGGAUUGAACCUUUUUCCCUUUUGGUCCCAGAAACUUAGAGAGAAUAAUUGUAAGCAAGCUUCCUCGAGAUAUCUUUCAAGAUAAGGUGAAUUGAUAUGAGUUGCUGAGAGCCGUCCGGCAUCGGCCAACUCAAGCAAGUUAUAGUAACAUCAAUCAAACUAUCAAAGCCCUGUAUCCCAGUUGCGGGGUUCCCAUGAAUAUUAGUAUAAGAGUAUAUCUUCAUGAUACGAUAGGAGAAGACUAUCCUCAUCGUGUUUAAAAAAAAGAUUCAACACCAUUCUACACGGCAUGGCGACUUCCCUUGUUUUAAUAGCUUUGUUAACUUCAUCCAUCAUUUUCCUGUGGAUAUGGAAUCGUUAUACGAAAAAGGAGUUCAGCAAGCUGCCUCCAGAAAAGGAAGUCGGAUUUUACCAACCCAGUGUCCAACCUCUUAACGAGUUUGACUGGCAGACAGUAGAGCCGCAGAAGUUUCGACCAUUCAAACCAAUCUACCAUAUCACGAUGGCGCUUAGAUCAACAUCUCCGUCAGAUCUCAUAGUUAUCGAUCGUAAUUAUUUAUCGCGAAUACAAGAUCGACGAGUUACGAUGGCUAAGCAUCAAAACCACACUAUAGGCUGUCUUCCUUCUGGUAUUGAGGGCGUGAAGGAGGCAUAUUCGUACCUUCUAGAGUAUCUAUCCGUUAGAUAUCCAACACUGUUCGAACGAGAUGAGAAAUGCUUUCGCAAUCGAGUUACUGGGGUUUCCCUCCCGCUUUUACCCUCAGAAGACCCUAUAAUUGCGCUACGGAGCCUUGGCGAGACAGUUGAAGACGAUAUGUUCUUUUUAAACGAGACACCAGAUGGACAUCAAUGUGUUGGUUUUGUGUGUUGCUGUCCAAGUGGUUUCGAUCCGGCAAGCAAGAUCGGGAAGUUGCUAAAAGAUAUACACGACCCAGUUCCGUCCUAUGAAAAGAUUGGGCUGAGUAUGGAAAGAUUUUUCAGUCGUCUUGAAGUUGGCAAAAGCGUUUGCCGGGUCAAUUGGUCAAUUACAACGAAUUCCGAGUUAUUCAAUGUCUCUAGUAAUCACGUCAAAGAAGGGGACCAAGUUGAAGAAGAUAUCGAUGUAGAUAUCGAAGAGGCUCGGGUAAGAAUGGAGUUACAAACGCUGACACGGAUGCCCAAGACGCGAGCGAUCAUGUUCUCCUUUAAGACAUAUUUAUAUCCUCUUAAAGAAAUCAAGGCAGAAGGGCUCGGACCAGAUCUUGCUGAUGCAAUUGACGGCCUGAAGACGGGCAAUGCACCUGGAAUGUGGACUUAUAAAGGAGGAGUACGGUGGGGGAAAAGUGUGUCUGAAUAUUUAAGGUCGUGAUUUUUUUUUUUUUAACUAGAAAAACUAUUUAGGUAGAAGUAGGCAUAUAAAAGAUUUUUUCGUUUUUUCUCUUUUAUUAA